AUUUUGAUUUAGCUUAACACAUAUUAAUUGGCUUUACAGUGAGGAUGUAUUUGUUCCAACUGAGACAAGUCUAUUCUACAACAGCCAUUUUUAAAAUGAAGUAAACUUGCUGUACUUUGUAUUCAAUGAAUUGACCAGUGUCCUCCUGCCCAUAUUUCUCAUAUGUUCACACUCAAGUGUCAAACACAACCAUCUAACUACUGCAGUUGUGUCUGGUUGUUGAGCUAUGACAUGUAAAGUGAUGCUUGCAGAGUUUAAAGUAGACUUCCUGAUCCGAUGCUUUAACAGUGACACCAUCAGACUCUUUGUUAUUGUGUCAACAGGCUUGAAGCUGAUUAGGAUUAAUCCACAGUCUAUGUGCAAGACUCCAGAUUAAAGCUGAAACACUUUUCUCCUUCUGAAAAGAGCAAAUCAACCAUAUCUGUCAGUCCACCUGGAGACUUGAGUCCAAAACAAAAACCUACAGUAGUAGAAGAUUGUUCAAGAGACAAACAGCUGAAAUCAAAUAUCAGUUUCAUCCAACAGAGCAAAGAUGCAGUGGAGUCUGCUCAUUGUGAUGGGUCAGUGUUACUUCAUCACAUGUCAACUCUACCAGUACCACUAUAUUGAAGAUACAAAGACCUGGACAGAAGCUCAGGAGUACUGCAGAGAACAUUACACUGAUCUGGCCACAGUGUCUAGCAUGACAGACAUGAAGAGACUCCUUGAAGAAUCUACAGGGAGAAAAACUGAAGCCUGGAUUGGACUGAACAACAGAACAGAUGUCACCAGGACAUGGCACUGGUCUCUACCUGGAGUGGAGUUUAAAGAUGAUGAAACAAGAUGGGCUGAUGGUGAACCAAAUGAUGGAAAUGGAAAUAUUGAGAACUGUAUUGUAACUAGAAACAGCAAAUGGUUUGAUUACCCAUGUACACAACUAAAACCUUUUCUCUGCUACAAUGAAAGUGGAUCCACAAAGAUCCAUUUGAUUAAUGAAACGAAGAACUGGACUGAUGCUCAGAAAUACUGCAGAGAUCAUCACACAGACCUGGUCAGUGGAUUCAACCAGUUACAUCAAGUAGGACUCAAUGACACAGUUAAAGACAUACAAUAUUGGAUCGGCCUGUUCAGAGACACCUGGAGGUGGUCAGAUGGGAGCAGUUCCUCUUUCAGACACUGGGAUCAGACUCUGUCACCAGGAGACAAAUGUGCAGUGACCAUGUUGAAUGAAGGAGGAAGAUGGAAGAACGCCAACUGUACUGACCAAAAACCUUUCUUCUGUUAUGAUGAUAAAGUGAUCCUGGUCAAAGAAAAGAUGAGAUUUGAUGAAGCCUUAUUUUACUGCAGAGAGAACUACAAUGACCUGGUCUCCAUCACUAACCCUCACCAGCAGAGAUGGGUUCAAGAGAGAGCCAAGAACGCCUCAACUCCUUUUGUCUGGCUGGGACUGCGCUACACCUGCUCUCCAUAUUUAUGGUUCUGGGUCAGUGGUGAGGUAGUCAGCUAUAAGAACUGGGCCUCAGAUGGAAAGAAUGAUGACUGUGACAUGCGAGGAGCCAUGGAAACAGGAGGAGAACAUCAGUGGGUCAGUCAACUUGAAAAGAAUGAGUUUAAUUUCAUCUGUUCUAAGUCUUAGACUCACUCAUAACUGUCUUUUUAUUCAUAUACUCUGAAUGUUGGUUGUGUAUUAAACGUAUUCUUUUCAUCUGUCUUGAAUGGUGAAGUGGGAAAUGUAGGAAUCCCAACCUGAAAUGUGUAAAAGCUGUCUUCAGAUUGUGAGAGGAAGAAGCUCCACAAUAGUCAGUUGUAAAGUAGUGCAGCUUUACUGUGGAUGUUUAAAGUGGAAUAAGUGGAUAAUGUGAUGUGAUGAUGUUAACACAAUUAUCAUGGAACUGGUGCAGAAACACCUGAAAGACUCCAGGUGUCAAAUAACCAGCACCAUUUGUAUCUCAAGUGUGAAGUUUCUCCUUCUUUCUCACUUUCUCUCCUUUCUAACGUGUAGACUUCUCUCACAACACUGAGCUCAUUUGCUUUCAAGAGAAAACAGGGAGACUAUGUUAUGUUGAAUCUUUUGCUGAUAUUAUAUUCUAUAAAAUGACAUGUAUGUUAUGGUCAGUUCCUGGGGCUUGCUUUAAAUGGAUAGUUGAAUUGUCUGUUGUUGAACCUGUUAAACCAUGGAGUGGCCUCUAAUGUUCAUUUACUUCAGUUUGUUCAUCUACAUCUUAUCUACCAUUGAAUACAUAGACACAAGUUUAGAAGAUGAACCAUUUACCCAAUGUAUGUAAUGACAAACCAAAAAAUAUAGAAAAGACAUGAAAAGCUG